AUAAAAGAGUUGAAUGGGCCGGACCUACACGGGAUUUGGCCAUCAAGUAAAACAAAUGAACAUCAUUGGUUUGACAUUCUAAAACAAGCUAUUUUCUCUGGCAUAAUAUAUAUUAUGCUAUUAUUAUAUAUCUUAGUGGCUAAAAUAUAAUGUAUUUUAAAGUUAUUCAAUGGUUCAACCUCGACCAACCCAAUUAGUCCAAUUUUUAUCAUUUCAAAUAUAUAUUAUAUAAUUAUUUGAUAUCAUAAUGAUAAAAUUAUAGUGUAUUUUAUAGGGAAUCGUUUGGUAUUUGUUAGUAAAAAACUAAACAUAAAGAUCUAUUUGGUUAUUUUAAACAUUAAAACGAUCCUAAACAUUUUCAGUUCCUUUUGAAUUUCUAUGGUUUUAUUCCCGAAUAAGUGAUGUGCAAAUGGCGAAUUGCAGUCAUCUCUUUUCUUUCACUAUUUUUUAUUUUCAAAUAGAAAGUUUAAAAGUAACGAAUAAUUAGAAUUUUGCAUGGGUCGGUCAAACAGGCUGAAUUUUAAGUUUUGGCCCGUUUUGAUCAAGUCUAAUUUAUAAUCACAUGGUUCCCUGAUACCCGAUAAAAAUCUCAAUCCAAACCAGUUUGGCAGGUGAGUCCGUGUUUACCACCAUUUUCUAGGAAUACGACAACGAUUCCUAUCCCAAAUCGUGUUGUUCGUUCUUUAUUUCCUUAGAUUUUAUCAUGGCCUGAAAAAAACCAGAAAGCACAAUGACGACAAGAUGAAAGUUUUAUAAAGCAAAUUAAUGGUGUUCUCUUUCUGAUCUCAUGUAAUUAUUUAAUGAAGUUGAAGUUUUUCGAUGCUAUUCAAUUUCAUUGGUAUGUUUUUAAUGGUCUAACUUCAUGGUUGUACCAACUUCUGAUGUACUGUUUAUGUUCCAAUAUAUUCACUUUGGUAUGAUUAUUAGGGAUAUGCUAGGCGGUACUCACCAUUAGGCCAAUUUAACUUAAUGGUUGAAUCUACGGGUUAUCCCAAUAAUUCAAUAUUCGGCUCAACUCCUCCGACCAACGGGUGGGGUUAUAAGCUAAUGAAUUAUGAUGUUUCCUCAGCCAAGGGCUGCGGUUAUGAUUUAUGAAGCACACGACGACUUAGCAGCCCUUGCUUUGCUUUUGCAGCAGCGGUAAUAAACAAAGACAAAGUCAAAUGGAACGACGCCGUUUUCGCGAACCGGGAUCGUGGAGCAGUGAUUCGCAGUUUCGCACGUGUAUGUCUCUCCAUCGUUAGUUACUCUCUCCCGUCUUCCUCCAUCCACGCCAUUCUGAUUUCCCCCAGACGUUCAAUCGCUCGACGAAGGAGGAGAAAUUCACGCCAGAGUUCAGCCUGAAGCACUCGAAGCUUGAUCUAGGCGAAGCCGGAAAAUGUCGAGUGCGUUGAUAGUCGGUGAUGCGAGCUCCUGGGCUCGAGCGCUCGUUAGGAUCUCUCCUUACACUUUCUCCGCCAUCGGUAUCGCCAUCUCCAUCGGAGUCUCUGUCCUCGGUGCCGCCUGGGGGAUCUACAUUACCGGGAGUAGCUUGAUCGGAGCCGCCAUUAAAGCUCCUCGGAUCACCUCUAAGAAUCUCAUCAGUGUAAUCUUUUGUGAAGCCGUUGCCAUAUAUGGUGUUAUCGUGGCAAUCAUCCUGCAGACGAAGUUGGAGAGUGUUCCGGCUUCACAGAUAUAUGCUCCGGAAUCCCUUAGAGCUGGAUAUGCAAUUUUUGCAUCUGGGAUUAUCGUUGGCUUUGCUAACCUUGUUUGCGGGGUGUGCGUGGGAGUUAUAGGAAGCAGCUGUGCCUUAUCUGAUGCCCAAAACUCCUCACUUUUUGUGAAGAUACUCGUGAUUGAGAUCUUUGGCAGUGCUCUUGGAUUGUUUGGGGUGAUUGUGGGCAUAAUCAUGUCUGCUCAAGCUUCAUGGCCUUCCAAAGUGUAAGAAUGUGUUCGUGCAACUAUUUAAGAAUCGAGUUAUCCCGGAGUGCAAUAUCUUAUGAUCCCCAAACUGUACUGUGUAUCUUAUUCUUUGAAUGGUUGUGAGAACUUGUACGCAAAUGAGGUCUUUUUGUAAAUUAGUUUCAUCCAACUUGAAUAAACCCUAGGGCAAUGGAGUUAUUGAUCAAAUUCCAUUGCAAUGCUCUAGUUUAGCAAUAAUCCCCGUUCCCUAAUAGUGUCUUUCCAGGAGUUCCUUCGGGCGAACUAUGAAUUUUGCAACCCUAGAAUAUUGAUAGUCCUACUUGAAUACCGCCACAUAAACUGUUUUAGCAAUU